AUGGAGGGUUUUUUACGGAGAAUUUGGGGUAUGUCUGGUCUUGAUAUGAUCUCUAUUCUUGGGAAUGGUGUGUAUAUGCCAUGGAAGCCCGAUAUUAAUUGGAAUGUUAAAACUGUUGAUAAGGUUCCGAUUUGGGUGGAAUUGAAGGGGUUGGAUUUGAAAUGUUGGGGUGGUAAAAGCUUGAGCAAUAUUGUGAGCAGUAUUGGUAAAUUUGUGAGGGUAGACAAGAUCACACAAGAGAAAUCUAAUCUUCUUUUUGCAAGAGUGUUAGUUGAAGUUCAAACUGAUCAAGAGUUCCCGGAGAUGGUCCAAAUCUUGAAUGAGAAAGGGAUUGUGAUUGAUCAAAAGGUGUUUUAUGCUUGGAAACCCAUUAACUGUACUAGUUGUAAUGGAUAUGGGCAUAGUCAUGAGCAGUGUUUUAAUCCUAAGAAGCAGAAAAAGGUGUGGACAGUGAAGACUAACUCUGGGAAGCCUUGUCCUACUCAAUCAAGGCCAAUACAACAUGAUGUGAAGGAGGCAGGGACACAAUUAUCUGGGGAAGAGCAGGAACAUCAGGCUACGGUGGAUAUCCCACACAUGAACAACAGCUUUGCAGUUUUGACUGAGGCUUCUACAGAAGAACUAUCUAUGAAGUUGAGCAACAUGGGGGGGAAAGAAAUGAGGAAUGAGAUGCAGGAGUUGGAGACCCCUGAAGGACAUGGAUAA